AUGGAGGAGAAGACAUAUUCCUGUCCGAGUGUGGGAAAUGUUUUUUCCAAGACAUCCAAUCUUUACACACAUCAGAGAUCUCACACUGGGGAGAAGCCAUUUUCAUGUCCUGAGUGUGGGAAAUGUUUUUCAAGGAGUAGUCUAUUCUUUUACAUUCAUCAGAGAUCUCACACGGGGAGAAAGCCGUAUUCCUGUUCUGUAGUGCGGGAAAUGUUUUUAUCACAGAAGUCCAAUCUUUAUGCACAUCAGCGAUUUCAUAACCAGGUGAGAAGCCUGCAUUAUUCUUGUCCUGAGUGCGGGAAAUGUUUUUCAGACAAGUCCGGUCUUUACAAACAUCAGAGAUGCCACACAGCGAAGAAGCCGGUAUUUUCCUGUCCUAUGUGUGGGAAAUGUUUUUCACAGAAGUCUGAUCUUUCCAGGCAUCAGAGAUUGCACACGGGGGAGGAAAGCCAUAUUCCUGUCCUGAUGAGGGAAAUGUUCCUCACUGAAGUCCUAUCUUCCUGUACAUCAGGGGUCCCACAUAACCCUCAAGGUGUAUCAGUGCCUUAA